AUGUGCAACGAAUCAAUCAUCAAUAUAAAAUACGAUGACGAAUACAAAGUUCGGACUGAUUUAUCAAUACUCUAUAAGAACACGGUGUACGAUUAUACUCAGUAUCGAGUUGUGAAUGAUAGCAUAAAGAUUUGUAACUCCACUGAUAACAACGUACGCAAGAUUUGGAAGGUAAUCAAUAAACGGGUAAAGGCGAAAAUACAUAAAAAAAAUGCAAUAAACCCAUCAGAGAGUCAUGGUUGUACCAAAGGUAUUACACUGUGAAUAAGCAGUUCACUGUCUAUCUCGCAGCUACGAAUCAAUAUUUCACAAAAAACGAGUAUGGGGUGGAAGACGGUAAACCUUUUACAUGCCAAGAAAAGUUCAGAUCCACAUCAACAGAGUAUAGCAAGGAAGAUCUAUUAAUGUGCAACGAUUCAAUCAUCAAUAUAAAAUACGAUGAUGAAUACAAAGUUCGGACUGACUUUUCAAUACUGUAUAAGAACAAGGUGUACGAUUAUACGGAGUAUCGAGUACUCAAUGACAGCAUAAAGAUUUGUAACUCCACUGAUAACUACGUAAGGAAUAUUUGGAAAGUACGGAAUAUUUGGAAAGUACGGAAUAUUUGGAAAGUACGCAAUAAAUGGGUACAGGCGAAGAUGCAUAAAAAAAGUUGCAAUAAACCCAUUAGAGAGUCUUGGUUGUACCAACAGUAUUACACUGUGAAAAAGCAGUUCACUGUCUAUUAUGCAGCUACGAAUCAAUAUUUCACAAGAAAUGACUAUGGGGUGGAAGACGGUAAACCUUUUAUAUGCCACGAAAAGUUCAGAUACAUAUCAACAGAGUAUACCCAGGAAGAUCUAUUAAUGUGCAGCGAUUCAAUCACCAAUAUAAAAUACAAUGAUGAAUACAAAGUUGGGACUGACUUUUCAAUACUCUACAAGAACAAAGUGUACGAUUAUACUGAGUAUCGAGUUCUGAAUAAUGGCAUAAAGAUUUGUAACUCCACUGAUAACUACGUAAAGAAUAUUUGGAAAGUGCGCAAUAAAUGGGUAAAGGCGAAAAUACAUAAAAAAGUUGCAAUAAACCCAUUAGACAGUCAUGGUUGUACCAAAAGUAUUACACUGUGA